AUGUGUGAGCUGGAAAAGGUGGGAGAGCUCAAAAGUCAUCAAAGAUGGAAUAGGAAUAUCAUCUUCAGAAAUUUUAACAGACAUGAUGCGCACAAAAUUCUAGCUAUUCCCUUGAGUCUUUCAGAGAGGAAGGAUAGCUUUUAUUGGCAACCAAAGGCGAGAGGGCAAUACACUAUCAACUCGGGCUACAAACUCCUGAUGAAGCAAAGCAGAAAAAGAAAAACGGGUAAUCCUAAUGGAGCAAGUUCCAGUUAUGCAGAAAGUAGCCCUCAAGUUAUUCAAAUGUGGAACACUCUGUGGAGUUUAAACAUUAAGCACAAGAUCAAGUUCUUCAUUUGGAAAUGCAUUCAAGGAGCUCUGCCAGUGAAGGAAGCUGUGAGGAGGAGAACGGGCCAAGGUGAUCCUACUUGCACAACUUGUGAAACUGCACAGGAAACUGUAGAACACCUCCUAUUGACCUGUCCUCAUUCGAUGAACAUUUGGAAGGCAGCUCCUAUUCAGUGGGAUGGGGCAAAGGAUCAACAAGGGAACUUCAAACGAUGGUGGCUAAGGAUUUCAGAAGCAAGGCAUAGACCAGAGGGGUUGGAACAUAUUGGUUUAACUGCUAAUAUCCUGUGGCAGGUGUGGAAAGAAAAAAAUAAGAGAGAAUUCGAGAAAUCAGAUAUAGUUACACCUUUCAAAACAAUAGCAAGAGCACACAAGGAUUGGAUGGAACAGCUGCAGGAAGAGGUCACAGAAGUUGAAAAGAGCACAAAAGAAACAGUCCCUAGACUAGAUUUGCAAGAUCAGAAUUAUACAAAUGAGGGAGCUGUGAUAAUGGAGAUAGAAACAACAAAGAAAAAAGGACAGCAUAAGGUUGGGAUAGGAAUCACAGUUAAGGCAUAUGCAAGGAAUAGAAUGACAGGGUGA